UAAUAUUAGUCUUCUACUCUCUAGGGUUUCUGUAAGAGAUUAGAUUAACAUUGUCUUCUCUCUAUAUCUCUCAGCUGCAGACACACACACACACACACACUCAAACGCCGCCGUUUCCCUCUCUCUCUCUCAACCACCCUCGCCUUUUCUCUCUCUCUUCAGGGAUAACCUUUUCUCUAUAAAUGAGGGGAAGAAGUUAUAGCCCAUCACCACCAAGGGGUUAUGGCAGGAGAGGACGAAGCCCUAGCCCUAGGGGUCGCCAUGGUGGUCGUAGUAGGGAUGGCCCUACUAGCCUUCUUGUUCGUAACCUUCGCCAUGACUGUAGGCCAGAGGACCUUCGUAGACCAUUUGGGCAGUUUGGUAGUCUCAAGGACAUUUACUUGCCAAAGGAUUAUUAUACUGGGGAACCCCGUGGUUUUGGUUUUGUGCAAUAUUUAGAGCCUGCUGAUGCUGCAGAAGCUAAGUAUCAUAUGGAUGGUCAGGUUCUUCUUGGCCGUGAGUUGACUGUUGUAUUUGCAGAGGAGAACAGGAAGAAGCCAUCUGAUAUGAGGGCAAGGGAGAGAGUGAGCAGCAGUAGGAGUCGACAUCAUGAUCGAAGACGGUCACCUCCACGUUAUUCUCGCUCGCCAAGAUACUCCCGUUCUCCACCUCCACGCCAUGCAAGAUCUCGUUCCCAAAGCCGUGAUUAUUCCCCUGCCCCCAAACGAAGGAAUUACUCAAGAUCUGCUACACCCCGCGACAGAAGGCACAGUCAAGAAAGAUCAAACUCUCGGCAGAGUCGUGAGAGAUCAUAUUCACGUUCUCCACCCUAUAAUGGCUCAAGGAGCCGCAGCCAAAGUCCAGCCAGGGCCGCCCCGAGUCGGAGUCGGAGCCAAAGUCCUAACAAUGAAGAGCACUCAAGGCAACCAAACGGAGAUAGGUCUCCUAGUCAGUGAGCCAUUUGAAAGAAGACUACUGUUAUGUUAGCUCUUUGUCGGAUUUUGUUUGCACUUUCCAUCAAUUUUAUGUUGGGUGUCGUACUGUUCCAUGAAUUUGAUCUAGAUUCUGGUUCUGUUGUGAUAAUUUAGGAGAAUUUGCUUCUUUUA